AAUCAACCGUGCCGUGGCGUUCUUUUGCUUUUGUAUGACUUUUUCAGUGAAUUUCUUUAUAUUUUUUCCACGUCUAUUUACUAAAAGGUAAUGGACUCCAAGUACAAGUUGCUAAAAAGUGUGGACCCCACGAAAAUCCCCAUAACAAUUCGUAAAAAAUUCACUAAGCUAAUGCUGGGAAGGAGGUGUCAAGAUGAUCAGAAGAAUUCCGUGGAUGAUCGCACGCAGGAGUUUCUUUUCGAGGAAGACAAGGGAAAGGAAAAAUCCAAUAUCCUGACUGAUGAUGAGAGUGGCGAAGAAGAGCUUCCGGAGGAGACAAAUUGCAGCGAACUCAAUACUCAGAUGUCCUUGUUGGGCAUCAAAUCGCCACCCAAAAAGACCCCCACUAGCAAUAUAGUGAAAUCAGUAGAGAAAAUUAAGAAGGAUAUGAGAGAUCUUGGAAUUCCCACCCAAAAUUCAGCGAAUACACUAAACAUGCCAUCAUUGAAUAUCACAUCCGACGAGCGUUUAUCUGAGCACCUCAGGAGAGAGAUGGAGAUGGGAAAUGAGGGGGCUGAGGUCACUAUCCUGACCAUUAGCAGCACAAAUGUUGAUGAGGUGUCAGAGGAGGAGGACACAUCACAGGAAGUUGCCGAAGACACACCGGAAAUCAUUGUUUUGGAAGAAAGCAGCGAAGAUGAGCUUCCACUGAAGGAUUCUGAUCCUAUCGUGAGUGAGUUGAAUCCAAAGGAGAGUCUCAGCAGCACUGUUGAGCACAGAUUGAAUGCAUUCUUCGACAAGAUCCCCUCAAUCAGAGAGACUUUGUCGCCUCAUUACAGCGCUAAUAAGUUACUGUCGAAGAGCACGGAUGAAAAUAUUGAGAAAAGUCCAGCUGAGCAAGUAACACAAGUUAGUCUACCCGAAACUGAAGCAGAGGCAAAUGAGGAGAUAAAUAAGACCGAACAGCCCACUAUCAGAGAGAUUCUGGCGAAGAACACGGAUGAAACCAUUGGGAAUAGUCCAGCUGAGCCUAUAACACCAGUCAGUCUCCCUGAAACUGAAGCAGAGGCGGAUGAAGAGGACAAGAAGACUGAUUCUGGAAUCGAGAAGGGAAAAAACACCACGAAGCCUACGAAUAUGGAAGAAAAAUCCCAGAUAGUGAAUAUUUCCGCCAAGAUUCGGAUCAAUAUAGAAAUUGAGGAGUGCGAAGUAUCGUCAUCUUCCGAGGAGAGUGACCAGAACAAUGAUGAUGGUGAUGAAGGUGCAGCAAAGCAGCCUGAUAAGAAGUCAGGAAGUUUUGAAAUCAAUGAAGAGAUGGAAAAAAUCUUGAAUGAUACUUACGGUGAUGCCUGGAAGACGAAAGAAGUGCUAAGUUCAUUGAAGAAAAAGAAUGUGGAUAAAAAUAAGACAAACUACAAUGUGUUUCAGAGGGAUCUCAGAACUGAUCUGGAAUCCACGAGAUUUGAUGUUAAGAAUCGAAAUUCACCUGUUACAAGACCAAAAGACACACCCAAGAACACACCGAAGACCACCCCUCGAAAGCAGAGACGUGUAAAGGAUAAUUCAAAGUAUAAGAGACUCCUUCAGAUUUGUGAUUCUGAUACUGAAUCAGAGGCAGAAGGAGAUUUCUCAAGUGAUUCUCAGAAAUCAUGGCAACAGAGUGGCUCAGAGAGCUCUUCAGCCGAAUCCUCGCCUCACGAGAAGCCCACGAAAAAGAAUGUCCGAAGGAAGGUGAAGCAGAGGAAGAAUUUGGACUUCACACAGAAUGCGUCAAGCGAUAGUGACAACACUAUCUUCGAAAAUAGAUCUCCAACGCGAGGAGAGGAAAGUCGUGAAUUUUCCACUCCUAAAGAUAAAAUUUUCGGCACUGAGGACAAACCACAGCCAUCGACGAAGAGAAAGUUGUUCUCGAAGAAGCUGUACGAGCAAGAAAAUGAGAUACGUGCAAAUGAUGGCGAUGGAGAGAGAAGAGGAACAUUCAAGCCAGUUGAGGAUGAAGUUAUUGCACCUCUUCCGAGCUGGCUCAUGCCUUUUAAGACACCCAAACCAAUCAAUAAGAAGCUGGACGCGGUCAAGAAAGCCUCGAAGACAACGACUCCCAAGAAGACUCCGGAUCGCGCAACUGAGUCGCCUGUUCACGUUGCGAGAGAUCCAAGGAAAUGCUAUGGAUUUUUGGUAUCAUUGAAUCCAACCACUGUGAAACACUUGGCUGAUCCCGUGGCGCUGCACUUGAGGGAGAACUAUCGUGUGGCCAAGGAAGAACUGACCACAAAACUGUAUGAACUGUACAAUGAGGAAGUGUUCGAUAAGAAACUGAAAGUGGGCAUCAGGUGGAAUAAGAAGCUGCUAACGACGGCGGGACGGUGCACGAAUAUGUCGAGGAAUGGCGUAAGACUGGCCGAAAUAGACUUGAGUGAGAAAGUCCUGACGAGUGCUGAUCGUCUUCGUUGCACUCUCAUUCACGAGUUGUGUCACGCAGCGGCUUGGAUAUUCGAUGGUGAGAAGAAGGGUCACGCGAUGAACUGGAAGAAGUGGGCAUCACGAGCCAAUACUGUGUUCCCGGAGUUGCCCAAAAUUACCGUCUCUCAUCAGUACAAUAUUGAGUACAAGUACACUUAUCAAUGCAUGGGUUGCGGGGCGAAGACUCAAAUGCACUCCAAGGCGAAGAAAGUGGAGAAUAUUCAGUGCAAAUACUGCAAGGGUGCUAUUCAAGUGUUCCUCAACAAGAAGAACAAGGAAGGUGAGGUUGUCCGUACGCCAGUUCGUGAGGUGAGUGGAUUUGCCAAGUUUGUUAAGGAGAAGUACAGAAUUUUCAAGACUCCUCAAAACACCCAUGCAGAGACAAUGAAGAUCCUGAGUCAGGAAUUCGCGAAAAUUAAUUUAGACAAGAAACUGCAGUAAUUGUGUGUAAGUGAUGCUAAAUAUUUUUUUGAACUGUCUUUUAUAGUCAAUAAUGAAAUUUUUGAAGUAUUUUUUUCUAUAAACACAACAAGAUCACUUCUUGAGAUUACUUAUAUUUUUGUAAUAA